AUGACGUCCACGAUCGGAAUCCCAAUCAAGCUCCUCAACGAGGCCCAGGGUCAUAUCAUCACCCUGGAGCUCGACUCCGGCACCACCUACCGCGGCAAGCUGAUCGAAGCCGAGGACAACAUGAACAUCCAGCUCAAGGACAUCACCGUGACGGCGCGCGACGGCCGUGUCAGCCACCUGGAACAGGUCUACAUCCGCGGCAGCCACGUGCGCUUCUUCAUCGUGCCAGACAUGCUGCGGUAUGCCCAAACCCUCAACCCACCCCUAGCAACAGCCCUGGACGAGGGCGACAGCGACAAGAAGGGACCCCCGUAA